AUGCAGACUGAAUGUGAGUAUUUCUGCACUGAGUCUUAGUGGAAACAGAGGAGAUUAGGUGGCCAGCAACACAAUGAUACUGAGAAAAACAAUCAAGUGUGUGCACACAGAGUCCUCCACAACCUCUGCCACCAACACUUUAUCCACACUGGGAUUCUUUGUUUGCACCCACAGACAAGAGUAUUGAUCUUUCCACUCUUGUGCUGUAGUCUGAUGUUUUAUGCAGUUUAUAUCCAAAGUUUAUGAAUAGUUUAUGUUUUAAGAGAGAUCCCAACCCUCUGCUCUCAUUUAGAUGCUGAUUUCAGAAACACUCUCUUCAGAUGCCAACCUGCGCAGGAGCGGCAAAUGAGCGAAAACUUCACUUUGAAACCUGAAGUUACGCUCUAACAAUGUGGGUAAUGCUGCGCACUCUCCAACAGCUCCAAUUAGAUUAAUGUAUCAGAAGCUCGAGAUCUUUCUUCUCCCUCCCCGUAGUUAAGCUGUCAUUUCAGAGGCAGCUCUCUAUAAUACUUCUCUGUCAGAGGCAGCCAGCGUUGUGGGAUGGGACACGUCUGAGUGAGUAGGGGAUUGUGGGUACUAUAUCGGUGCUGAUCGCAGUGCAGAUAGUGUCACUUCUAAUGGUUUCAUUCGUCCUCUCUCUCUCUUUCCAUCCCUUUCUCUUUCUCUCUCCCUCUUUGUAUCACAGGAAGCUCCUGCCCGCCUCUGCCUCUGCUUCUGCAAGAUAAGCUGCCGGCCCUCACAGGUAGACAGAUAUCAAAACCCACAGACAACGCCGGUCUUCAAACUGGCAGACGGUUGACAAGUGAUGACAUAUCAUUACCUCAGUGUCACAAGCUUCAGGUCGAUCAAUCGGGCUUCAACUGUGGUCUUGAAAUAGGACAUGAGAGCAGGUUUCAGUUAUGAAAGCCAGGAUGUAAUCAAUACUAACUUCUGCUCAUAAAGUGACACUUAGGAGAUGUAUUUCUCUGUUUAUUUGAGUUUUUCUGUCACUUUGUUUAUCGAUUCAAAAUUAGUAGUCUUUGAUUUUAGGAGAGUAAAGCCAGGCUCGAGAACAGGUCCUUUGUGUGGUUUUUCUACUGCUUUGGUCGAGUUUGGGAACUUGAUUUCCUUGUUCUAUCUAGAAAAAAGUAUAAACUAUCAUGGUUUUGUCUUUUGUUGACAAAAGAAGGAAUGGGACAUAAGUGAUAACGGCAAGGUAGACUUAAAUAUUGUCUUAAAACAGAUAUAACUGCAUCACAAUGUCCAAAAAAUUCCUUCUUAGAUGUUGUUUCUCCCCUCAAACUCUGUUCUUGCUUUUCAAAUUAAUAGUCAGACUGUAAAUGAAGGCUAAACCCAAAUAAAACAGUCCUCGCUGUUAGUGCUGAUGCUGCCUUCAUGUGCCCCCUGGUUUCCUGAGUUGAGAAGUCGCUCCUUUGACUUUGGCGUACCCUAUGUUAUCAAUUAGGAACUUGAGAUUUACAUAACUUGAAAUUUCCAUUGGGGCUGAGUGCUAAUCAACGCUAUAAUAUUGUUUUAGUGAACAUACCUAACUCAUUAUAACAGGUUAAACUCUUUAAUGAUGUUAACAAACUAACGGGUUUCUAACAGGGCAAGAUCACUUGAUGUUGACAAUGACAAACAGCUACCAGAUUUUAUGAAUUUAUAAAUUAUAUUUAAUAAAAACUUUGAGGCCCACAUCAUAAAUUAGAAAAUGGUUUCUUGACAUUGACAAAGCAUUGUUUUCUCCCCAUAUUAAUGACAAAUAUGACGCCAUGUCAGCAAGUCAGGCUCCAAAUCCCUGCCUGUGUUUCUUAAAUGUUCACAAACACAUUUUUCAACACCACAUGACUGCAGGACAACUACAAAUCUUCGAAACUAGACGACCCCCAAAAAAGUUUCUCCAAGAGGAUUUUUCACUAUAUAACCAAGGGGUUUACUUUAACUCGUCUCAUGAAAUUCUCUCAACCAUAAUAAGACAGAAGAAGACAAAGAUGAAACCCCUCUCAGUCAAAUCUAGUUCGUCUCGUAAGUCUCAUUGAAGUAUGAGAAUGUUGAGAAAAUGAUUUCUCCACUUGAAUAGUGUAAGCCUUAAACUUACCAAACUUAAUGGUGUCUGUGUGAUUAUUGUACUUAGUUAUUUAUUCUUUAUGUUUGGUUCAAUAAUGUCAGAGUGUGACCAUAGUAAACCAUGAUUCGGAGAGGUGGGUGUAUGUCCAAGUAGAGGAAAAUUAUCAAGUUCAAACAUAAAUCCACCUGCUACUGACAGUGUUUUUUUAUCUUUACAUUUUACUUCAAAAUACUUUCCAUAUCAAGUGAAUGUUUUUCUGCUGCAAAGCUUUACAGGUUGAAAGAUUCAAUUCUGACACAAGUUCCACAGGUUUGAUGUAAACUUAUUUUAAAUACAUUACAAUUUAAAAACUCUGUCAGUCUGAGUCUGGCCUCACAGCUUAGAUAUAAUUGCAGCUUCUCUACAUGCAGAUUGGGCUGUAACGGUGAACCAUACAGAUCUAUUCCUUCCAUCAGGCCAGCUGGAGGAGCAGAUAGCCCAGGGAAGAGGAACACCAUCCACAAGGUUAUGUUGGGACUUGAUGUGCUGCGAGGCGUAGCAGACAGCAAGGCCAGCCCAGGUGGAAACUCAGGCUCCAUUUGUCAUGGACCACAACUCAGCAUCAAGGUAAAUUAAUUCAAAUCAUUACCCUUUUAUAUCUUUAAUAAAUAUUGCUGUUUACACGCUGUGAACAUGCCCCCUGCUAGAACAGGGGAGGAUAGAGAAAUCCACGGAAUUUAGAUUUUAACAACUUGCAGCAGAAGUCCGGCGCUACACUGCUGUGAAGUUUUGAUGUUCCUCUCUGUGUGGUGCUCAAGCUAACAUGGACAGUAUUGAUAUUCUUGCCAGUACUUCUUCUUUGCCUUGAGCUAACCUUGAACAAAAUGUAAGCAGUAAGUUACUCUCAUGAGUGAGGCUCUAUCAUGUCUGUUCAUGAAAUUAACGGGUAAGUUCAGUGAACAAAAGCCUCAUGGUUGGAUGAUGAGACUAAGGCCAUAGGAAUAAAGAAGGCUUUGCUAGUUUUUGGUGUUCAUCAUCUCGUCUAAGAAGUUUUUAAAGCAGUUGUUCGAUGGUAAUUGUCUUUGCUGCUCUGAAACUUGGUAUUUGCAAGUCUAGAUGGUGGUCUUACUAGUCAGCCACCAGCAAGGCAGAUGAGGAACGUGUUACGAAUAAAUCAGAAUGUUUACACAGCGUUCAAAAGAAUCGAUCUGAAACUCAACUUUUAAAAUACAUGUAAAAACAUGAGUUUGACUUAGGCCAGCUAUCCACCAGAGAACUUGAAGAAGAUUUGGAGAAGACUCCUGGAAAAUGAGCUCACACUUGCUCACAUCUGAAGACAAGUGUUUAGAGUUUUUAGUCACAGCCUAGUCUCAGACUGAGAAUCUACAAAGACUGGGAAUCUUGCAGGGUCAUUAUUUACAAGACUACGACUAGAUUCUUUUAGCAUUUUUGACAGUUCGGUGUUUCCCGUUGGGGGGGGAAUCAAUCUGUGGUGGUGUGUGAUUUGAAGGGGGUGUGUUCGCAUACGACAACUUGGAACUCGCUAAUGCCCGCGGUGCAGGCCGGGUGCAUCACAUACAUACCCUGGGUAGGGGAAACCCUGCAGAUGAUGUCAAAUAGGGAAGGCUGAUCUGUCCACAGCGACCCUAUCCGCUCCUUUUUAUCACCAGUAGUUCUUCAUACAUUCUGUCUUCUUGUUUUGACUGUCUGGUUUCCUUUUCUGCCUUUGUUCGAGCUCAUCUAUUGGUUGUUGGUUGUGUUACAUCACUGCAAAUUGUGAUAUGAUCGCAAACCCAAGACUAGGAAAAGACUGAUAUAAAACAGCGCAAAUUACCAUCUUAAACUUAAAGAUGGAGAUGACGAGAGUACACUGUGAACUCCAAGAUUAACUUAAGACUUUCAGUUUUCAGACUGGGACUGUGAAAAUUGUUUGGUGUAGGCGCAGCAUUACAUGACACUAAAUCAAACUUCGUAUAGUCAGACUAACAUACCUGGAUUAUGUAGUUGGGGAUCAUUUUAUCUCUCAUGUUUAUGGCUCAGUCAGACUGACACUGGCCUAAGUGUUCUGCACGUUCUCCAGUAUAAUAGCAUAGCUGCAUUGCUAGGAAGCGAGGUAGUAAACAAAACCUUGAUAGAUGAAAAAAGGACAUAAAAGACAAAAACUGUAUAAAGCUGUAAAAAUUGACAGUGUUUUAAUCAUUCAAUGUACAUCCUGUUAGCCUCUUGCUUACACGUUUCUCCAGCAUGUAAAAUGUCAACCAGGUGACAACCACAGACUGUAAUACAAGGUGAGAGGGGUCAUGUUGCCACCUAUCAGAGCGGAGGUUGACACGCUCCUGUGAAUAAUUCAGUUCAAUAAACUGGGACAAGGACAGCAGUCCACUUACACUGCCUGAAUGAACUUGAGCAAUUUGUGCACCUUGAAGAUCAAGAAAGAGGAUUGCUACUGCCUGCUUGCUUCUAACACGGUUCCUACACAGCUGAAAUUCACAUACUUUUGCAUACCCUACUUUUUAGAAUCAUUUUUGGAAAUACCUACUUUUCUAUUUCAGAAAACAGUAUAUAUUUUUUUUGUGGUAAUAGUCUGGAAACCUCAAUAUUUUUCCAUACUUAAUCUUUCAUUUACCAUUCUUUUUAAGACCUAGAAAUUGAUCAAAUUACUUCCAUCCUCUCCAUACUUGUGUAGGAACCCUGUUGUAAUUUCCAUCUGUUUUUAAGUAGGAGAUAAACAAAUGCUUUUUAUUCCUGUAUAUCUGCACAAUACCACCCCUGCAAGUAAGUUCCCCAGUUUGGCAACUCCAGUCAUAAAAAGUCUGGAUGCGCCCCUGUGUGAUAGGUUACAUAACUUACCAGUAUGGGGCAAAAAUAUUGUGAUAAAUGUGAACAGGGUGGGUUUCUUCACUGAGCACUAAACCUUUUCUUCAGAGCACAAGUACUGUUGUUUAAUUCAAAAGUAAAAAGCACUGAGUAAAAUACACAACCUGUCAAAAUGUUAUUUCCCAAGCUACCAUAUGUUUUAUUCAACAACUGGAAAGAUGAACAAUGCAAUUGUGUUCCCUUCUGAAGAUGAAAAACAUGUCUUCCUCGCGUGCCUCCGUCUAUAAAUCCUCGCACAAAUAUUAUAUAUAAACCCCCCAGGUUCCUGCAAAACUCAGCGUCAACAUGGGAGAGAAUAAACUAUAUUGUUAUGUAUUUUGGAAAAAAACAAUCCUCCAUUGAAAGCCCUUGCAAUGCAGUUUUCUCAAAGAUUUACUCACACACAGCAGAGACAGCAGAGCAACCACCUGCUUUGUUAUUCAAAGCAUAUUUCGAGUUUUAAAUUUAGUUAAUUGAAAAAGCAAAACAACUGUGCGAGCAGAGAUUAUGCAUAAUCAUAAUAAUUAUUCCCCUCUGUGAAUUAUUUAUUUGGAGGUGAGUUUUUCGGUGUUACCUAAUGAAUGCGCCGCCUAGGAGGGAAUUAAAGCACAUGCAAAUUAUCAGCGGUGAUGAAUCACUUUCAUUUAGAGAGUGGGGCAUACAAAUUGUUCAGUCUUUCUUGGUUAACAGGCAAACUUACUCUGACGUUGUUCACAAUCAGCUGAAAGUAUACAAAUCGACUUUUGAUGAGUUUUUUUCAAAUAUGAUUUCACUUUACCAUUAAAAUAUACAAAAGUUUGGGAUAUUUUUUUGAAAAGUUGGUUAGUUGAGUUAGUUCUAUUAAAGCUUGUCAUUUUAUUCUUGUUGGUAUCAACACUUUUUGAAUAUUUUUAAUGCAUACUAAAACAUAAAUGCUAAUGACACCGUCCAAACUUUGCACAAAGUUUCAAUCUUGAGAUAUUUGGUGGAAAAUUCGCAGCUUUGAGCAGAGCCCGUUUUACAUCAGCAGCCGUUGUGUGUCACUUAAUGGGAUGAUUUGUCUCAAGCACAACAGCAAUCAGCUAAAUGAAAUCAGUGGGUGCUCCAGAGUUUACAGCAAGUUUCUGGGUGAGUGAUUAUCAACUCUGUGAGAGGGACUCCAGCCCAGCAUGUGUUCAGAAAUUAUGUUGAUGCCACAACUGCUGGGGCUUAAUUGUCAUCGCUAAUGUAUCAUGCUGAGUGCCCCCCAACCUGCCAGAAUCAAACACCUUGCACACAUUUGCCGGUUUUGAUUCUGGAAAACAUUACCUCAAAGUUAAUCUUUCUAAUCACACCUCCUGAGCUGGACCUGGUCCUCGACACCACACUGCCAACUUUCCCAUUUCCGUUCCCGGGCUCGUUUAGUCAUCAGGAAACCAAGCCACCUUCAGUCUGAUGUCUGAGCAAUUAUCAGCUUCAGCUGGCCUGUGACGCUCGACGCGGCACUUUUAGACACUGUAGGACUUUUUUUUUGGAGUGUGAUGAGACAGGCUGACCUUUUAAGGCUCACUGGGAAAUCACUUUGUGACGAAGGUCAACGCCACGAAGCGGGCUGGGCUACAUAACCUCAGUCUGGACACGAAAACAUGACUGAUGCAAACUGGAGUGAAAACUGAUUUUUUUCAUGUGUUUCUGUUUGUUUACAGCCUUAAAAUCUGUAAGAUGAAGAUAUAUUUUAAACAUGGCACAUAACAUGCUAAUUGAGAACCCAGCAUAAGAGAUGCUGCUGUAUAAAUCUGGGGUCAAAGCAUCAAACUCAGUAAUAUGGAUGAGCUCUGGAGGCCACUUGUUGAAAUUCUCAAAGCAAACAUUUAUUUUCUCAUAAAUCAAAAUAUUAAACUUGUGUUUUGGCUCCUACUGCUCUGCUAUUUUAGAGGAAAAGCUUCCGAUGACUAUACAUCUAUAUUACUAUUUUGAUUAAGGUUAAUUUCUAAUGUGACUGCAGGAAGAGGACAAGCUAAAUGACCUUGAUGACAUAGGAGCUGUUACACACAAAGAGCACACACAGCAGUCUCUCUGUGUGGGCUCUGAUGCUCUUUCCAUUUUAAAAGGACAUUAGAGCUAAUGGCAAUGGUAUCUUAGAGGUUUUCAAGCCUCUUUCCAGUACUGCCCUAUAUACUCACGGCCAGAGAGCAUAGUCCAUUAAGGGAGCAAACAAUAUUUUCAUAGGGCAUGCAGGGUGGAGCAGACGUGGCUUUGUUAUAAAACAGAAGCACUCGAUCUGUGCCUUCCUAAUCACAGCCUCUAGAUAUCGUAACAUAAAAUUAUAAAUCUGGAUGAAAAUAAACAUUCAUAAUAAGAGCGCACUCGGCGUCCUGACGUUUUCUCAGCUGUGGGUGUGUCAGUUGAUAUCUGCCUAAACUAGAGAUGAUAAAGCUGCUGUUUGAACAGAUCUGACCAACCUUUCCAUAGGUUAGAAAACAAUCAGAAAAAAGCCAAAUUUAGCAGCCUUCAGUCCUCCUUACAGGUAGAUAUCCACAUGCCUACACAGGUUUGCUCUGGUUGAGUGAUUAAAUGCUAGUUUAUGAUACUGUAUAAUACGUUACCUUUAACCAGUCUCAGUACGAAUUUACCUCUAUUUUCCAUAUCGAAAUCCUCUAGCAUCCACAAAAUGCAAAUGACAUUAGGCUGGUCAUUAGUGAAAGAGAGGAUUAAUGUUUCUCUGCUUUCUGUCUUCAGAAAAAUUUUAGUGUAUAAAAAGCCAAAUGUUUUGUUCAAUCAAUUGCUGUUCAGUCGUAACGAUCAUAAUUUCAACAUAAGGCGUGCUUCAAAUGGUGUGCAUGAAAUACAGCGAGGUGAUUGGAUGGAGAGGUGGAGCAGGAGAUUGACCAAUAGGAGCUGUCCGGGACGGAUGUCUCCCAUUGGCCAAUGCUUUUGCAGUCCUGCAGCUGCUAGGCUGAACUGUUUAUUUUUUUUCCAUUCUUUUUUCUCUUCACUUCAUGGAGAUCGCACUACAGGACCAUGAUCGGCAUAUAAAUGAGGAUCAUAAUAAUUACCAAUCUCUCCAAUUGUCAACCUUAACUUAGUGCUGCUAAAUUAGUGUGAUAACAGACAGUAAGGACUAUUAAAUGAAAGAAAACAUUUCCCGCUACUGUGAACAGAGGUUGGAGUGAUAGCAGAGAAACACUGUGUAAAAUAACAGUCUAUUAUGUGUGUGCAAGUGCAUUGUGUAUGUGGAUGAGCAUGUUUUUCCAAUUGAAGCGUCUUCUUGUCAGGUCUUUGUGCAUAAACAGUGCACGCAUGAGGUGCAGACGUGACUCUAGUGGGAAAAAAACAGAGUUUGACGCCCUUAAUCAGGCUCUUAGCACGUAUGAGAGAACCUGCAUGGCUUGAUCCAGCCUGGGAUUAGUGGUGGCCACAGUCUCUUUGUGACUCAGGUGACAGCGGCGAAGAGAUAAGCCUGCCACUCUGCCUACUGACCGUGAAGGCAGCACUGCUAAUUAGCUGUCCUGUGAUGAUUCAUUUACUCAGUGUAGCCUCAUUUAUUUAAUCUUUCAAAGGUAAUUUAUUUGCACAGGGUUUAAUUAUUGUCUUUGCAACUUUCCGAGCCAUAAGCGCACUAUAUUGGAAAUUAUUAAAAGCUGCGUACUUCAUUAUAACCAGUCAACUGUGCAUUGAGUGAUGUGCAGAACUUCCCCCAGAUCCAUGAUGCAGUUGUAAAAAAUAAGCUGCGAGCAAAGUGUGUAAAUAAACCCAGCAAUGGCUGCUCCAGGAGGGUCAAUAAAAAACCUUCAAGCUGAAAUGCAUUUGGAGAUCCUCAAUGAAAAUCUCAUUGUUCAUUCUACCCCUGCGAUUUGCGAGGAUACCCCGUCCAAUCAAUACAAGGACCAUUAGGCUUAACAAACCUGGAUUCAUCUAUUAACUGCCCGCAGCUUCCUCAAAGCAUCAACAUGUCCUCCAGGGCUGCCUGUCUACCUGCUGUGGCUCAGAGGCAGGUGAUUUACACAAAGCAGGAUGUUUAUUCUGAAAUACUAUAGACCUGCUGUAUCCUGACACUGUUUGUCAUGUUAGUGUACAUAUGGUAAUGGAGAUACAACCAGUAAUUCCACUCAUGUUGUGCAUGUGCUCUGUUUAUUCCACACUGUUUGCUGUGAUUCAGCGGCUGGGUUAAUACAUGACCAUUUUUCAGUAAUGAGAAGUUUCAUUACGGCAGAUUUUUUUGUGUCACUGUCAGUCAUGUCACUCUCUGGAUGGAGGCUUUGGAUGGCUGCAAGAGUGAGAUAUGGAGCUUGAAAGAAUAAGGGUGAAACCUUGAAAAACCACAGCGGACAACGUUUGACAUUUAAGAUGGAGAGAGUUGCUAUGCAAAAAAUGAUGAAGGAAGAGUAACAUUUUAUUGAUGACUGCUCAGGACCAUUAUUAUUUUACUGUAAUCCAGUUAUUAAUCACAAUGAUUUAAAGGGAUAUUGCAGCAUAAAAUUAAGUUUGGGUCAAACACACCGUAACGCCGAGUUAGACACCCUGUCAAGAGAUGAAUGUUGUCGACCGCUUGCUUCUCUAGUUAUACCAACUUUAGUAACGACCGCACGAUAGCAAUACACAACGGUCUAAGGAGCCAUAAACAAACAUCAACCAAAACGCCACUCUAUAGCCACAAAUAAUGCUCAGAACAGCACCUUACUUUAUCAACAGUACAUAUAGGGUCCCAGACAUAGUACUAGUCACCAAAGAUCUUUUUAGCUUUGCCUAAUUUCUUGAGCAAAGAGAAUAAACACAACUUACCCGCUCUCUUUCAUCAGCAGCAUUACGGACUGAAGCAGGGUGACGCAGCUCAAGGAAAAACAUUUAUGAUCAUAAUUGAUCAUUUCCUUGAAGUAAAAAUCAUCAUAGUAAUCAUUUUGCACUGCAGACGCGGUAGUUCUUCUGCAUUAGAGUUUCAGUCUGAUUGCAUUUCCAUUAAGAAAUGAUCAUAAAUGUUCUUCCUUGAGCUGUGUCACCCUACUGUGGUCCGUAAUGGACUCGUCUGAGGUCUCCGUUCAAACAACUGGCUGCUGGAAGAGAGCUGGUGAGUUGUGUUUAGUCUCUUUGCUAAAGAAAUAAGACAAAGUUAAAAGGAUGUUUGGUGGCUAGUACUAUGGCUGAGACCCUAUAUGUACUGUUGAUGAAGUUAGGUGCUGUUCUGAGCAUUAUUUGUGGUUAUAGAGUGGUGUUUUGGUUGAGGUUUGCGCGUGGCUCCUGAGGCCGCUGUGUAUUGCUAUUGUGCGGUUGUGACUUAAGUUGGUAUAACUAGAGAAGCAAGCGGUCUGCAACAUUCAUCUCUCGCCGGUGUGUCUAACUUGGUGUUAUUAUGUGUUUGACCCUUACCCUAUUUUCAUCCAGAAUAUCCCUUUAAUGUUAAAUUUUUGUCAUUUUUGUGUAUUUGUAAGUAGUAGGCUAAUAAAAGGCCAUCUUUCCCCGCAAGUGUCCACUGAAUUUCAUAUGGCAGUUUGCAUUUGUCUGAGCUUUACUUAAGUUUUUAAAGCUUCAUUAACUUCAUUAAACAGCUUUGCCUUUUAUUUUCCACUGUUAGAUUAAAACAAAUCACACUACAGACAGGUGUUUAUGCUGUAUCAGAAAUGGACAGAUGUCUAAAUGAAGCUUUAAAAAACCAAAUGUUCCUAAAUUCUUUAAUCAAGAACAUUUUGCUGCAUACAUCUGUGAGUAGGAACACAGUUAAAUCCUGCUACACAUGAUUUUGUUUCACCACUUAAUUGCCUUACUUAGCCUCGCUGCUUUUGUAAUGGGUAAUUGGUUGUCAUGACAAACACUCAGUCUAUUCAUAGCACAGAGGCUUGUGCAAAAGAAAGAAAAAAACUGCAAAAACAUUUCAAGAAAGGACCCCGGAGAUUUCUGAGGGAGAAUUUGUGCAACUCCAGAGGCUGAAGAGAACUAAAGGGAAAAAUAGCCCGUUAUUUCUCCCUUUCCACAAAUAAUACGUCAGACUGAAUCACUGUUCACCUUUCGAUGGCAAACCAGAAAAAUUCAGUCUGACCAAAAGCCCGAUCAGCAAACAUUUAAACUGAGGAAGGACUAAAGCAUUAUAUCUCGGCUGAUAGGAGCCAAGAGGCAUUCUGCAGUUGAGUAUUAAAGGGAAACGAAGAAAGUGCAACCGGUCAUUUCCAGUGAUUUGAAUAAGCAAACACUCAAAGGACGCUUCUACUUGGAAUUCAAGUGUCUUUUCUUCGUGUGGAGAGAUGUGGAAAAUGUCAUAGCAUGUAAGCAUCUAGUAUGGCAGACAGCAUUCUCCAACACCUCCAGGUAUUUGUAACCUAAACACAUGCAUUAUUCAUGAGGAAGUGAGCAGACAAGACAGCAGAGAGGAGCAACCUCAAGGGCCUUUUUCUAAAGGCUUGAUUCAUGUGAAGUAAGGCCCAUCUAUCGUUUUUAUACAAGUUGUUGUUGCACAAGGAACAACUAGUACAACCUAAUAAUGGUAAGCAGCCAGUGCUAUCAGGUAUGAGAGCAGCAAUUAAGACCACACGGACUAACAGUUGUCUAUACUGUACCAUGAAAUCCAAAUAGUUUGACCUUGUUUUACUCAUUUAUCUUCCAAACUAAUGAAAAUGUCUUAAAAGAUGCUUUUAAAUCAUAUAUUUCUUCAAAAAUAUGACAUUUUAUGGGUAAAAUGUUUUGAUUUUUGCAAACCUAAUGUCAUCUUUGUGUACAAUGACACAAAUUUGCAAUUCAGUAGAAAAAUGUGAAAAAGUGUUGACAGUAACAACGUAAAUAUAAAACUGUCACACUGAAAACAUGUCUAAAUCCAACCCUCUGGUUUGAUCUGUUCGAACAGUUUUAAUCACAUACGAUAACUUCAAACAACUGAGCCCUUCAGAUUCAAUAUUUCUGACCUUUUUUGCCUCUUUGAUAUAUUCUUCAAGUUAAAUCUAGACCUUUGUUCUCACCUUCUGACUUUUUAAGGACCUACAAGGAUAAUAUCUGAUUAAUAACGCUGUAGAUGUUUUGUUUUUUUUUAAUUAAAAAGCAUUGCAGCGAGGCAAACUUAAGAAGUCUGAUCAUUAGAUAUGCCUAAAUCGGUUAAAAACUACAGUUUCUUCUCAAGUGCAGGCAUUAAUUGUCAUUUUCUUAUUAAAAUUAACCUCAUGAUUGAUCUUUAAUGGCAUAGUCCUAUUCAUCAUGUCCUACAUGUGUUGCUAAUGUGAUAAAGUAGUCCCUUCAAUGACAGACUAAUGACAAAGACUGAUUUCUCCACGGUAACAUUCAUUCCCUGUCCUUUUUUCUUUCAGCUCUACAACCUUUAA